AAUUAGUGAGUUAGGCGCUGUAUUUAGACUGUUUUACGACUGGUUCUUGAGGUGCAAGUUGGCUCGGAUUCCUUCACUAUUCGCUCGACAGCAUGUCUGACAACCACGAUUCACCAACAUCCGCAUCCGCAUCCGACUGCUCUGCAAUCAGCGAACCGCCACGAUGCGACCCUGAGAAGAUCAGAGAAGCAUUUAUCGACUUCUACAAAUUUCUCACCACCCUGCAUUACAAUGAGGCCGAUCUGAAGAUCCCACCCCCUGGAGGAUGGCCAUGCUUGACUCCAGAACUCUACGCGGACUACAAGCCCGACGAGACAAUCCAGGUCCUCCGUAACCUGCCCUACUUUGACGGACCAAGCCGGAUGGAAUUCCACUAUCGAUCACGGUUACUUGACUACACCACCUUUACACGACAGGACUUUGAGGGGGCAACCGAGCUUUACGAGUAUGACGAUGUGUACUGGGGGUUUGAGGGGGAAAUCGACCCGCGCCAUGUUUUCUGUAUUGCCGAGGGCUCUGAAACUGGUGGCCGCCACAUCUUCCUGAAUGCCAGAGACGGCGAGAUCAUCCAAGACAGUAUCGGUGUGAAUACAGAGAGUUAUCCUGUUGAGGUAUACUUCGAGACACUCAAGGAGCAGUAUCGAAGCUUACAGCUCAUCCCCUGCCCAGGGAGGAUAACAAUGGAGGCGUUCAAGGUAGCCGAGCGAGAUGGUGUCUCUCUGGAGGAGGUCUGCAACCAGACGACAUGGUGGGGAACCGAUUUGGACGUUCAGUAUGUAAGACAGCUGUACCGCCAGCAUGGCUGGCCUGACGCCUUCCGCAAGGACGAGGCAACGAAGGCUGUUGAUGAUUUGAUGAGCGCAGUUACGAGUAGCGGAGGGACACGCAGGGAAUGGGACGGGAGAUUCAAGUGAGCUUGGCGUGCCAUACCGUUGCGUGGGUAUUGCUUGACUGGCUGGCUGCGGCGAAGACUGUGUUCAUUUACUUAUUUAGUAUACACCAUUCUAUCCACGAUCUAAGCCUAUGGAGCCCCUACCUAGUAACUCGGGCAAUCUUUCCAACUGGAAAGGAGUUAC